AUCCGCACAAGGUUGGGAUCUCCAUCACAGCUUCGGUUCUGCGAUGUUCGAUGUACGCUAUCUACGCCUUCUAGGGUUUGCAAACCCCAUGCCUGAACGCUUAUGAAAACAUAGGUUUUGAUUCCAUGGACUUUUGCCUCCGUCGGAAAUGGAUCCUACUACUCACCGGCGCCGCCGGUCUCUCAACUUAUUUCGCAUACCGUAUGAAGAUUGCGAAACUCGCCGGCACCCUCUUCUCCCUCGCUGACGCCGUUUCCUCCACAUCCGACACCGCCAGUCUCAUCUCCGCUGACGUCAACCGCUUUGUUCACUCCGAUUCUAAUGAAAUUCCUUCCAGCCUGAAGCAGCUCUCCAAAAUUGCGUCCUCGGACGAGCUUCCAGGCUCCGUUUCUAGGAUUUUGGAGGCACUGACAGUGGGAAUUGCAAGGGGAACCCGUUCGGCAGAGCAAAACGUUCCUGGUGGGAGGGCUGGGCUGUCUGAUCUGGUCUUGGAUAGGUUCUUCUCCUCUGAGGGAUCCAAUUUCGCCUCUGUCGUUGUCAGGAGUUUCGCCAGGAACCUCGUGAUUUCUUUCUACUCAAAGGGUGCUGAAGGCGGCGGCAGGCGGAAUUCGCCGGCGGGGUUGGGGUGGGUGGAUGUUGUUUGUGCAGAAAAGUGCAAGGAGCUUAUAGCUCACAGCAUUCAGGUGUUUGUAAGUACGGCCGUCGCUGUCUUUCUUGAUAAAACUGUGCAUAUUAAUCCUUAUGAUGAAUUCUUUGCUGGUAUCACAAACCCUAAGCAUGACGCACGGGUGAAUGAAGUGUUAGUUUCAGUCUGCAAUGGUGCCAUGGAAACGCUUGUCAGGACAUCCCACUCAGUGCUUACAAGCCCAUACUCUGACUUAUCGGAGAACAAAGUAGUGAAUUUGGGAAAUGCUAGAAAUAGCUCUUUUGUUUCCAUGAACGGAGAGCACAAUGGUUGGGUCAGCCAGAUUUCUUCGGCAUUGGCAGUUCCAAGCAACAAGAACUUUGUUCUUGAUGUCUCAGGGAGGGUGACAUUUGAGACUGUCAGGUCUGUUACAGAAUUUGCGAUGUGGAAGCUUUCCCAUUGUGUAAAAAUUGGUAUGAGUUCAAUUCGACAAGAAGUUGCUGAUAGAGGCUUGGAAGUGUUGAGAUAUGUUAGCGCUAGGUCUACAGUUAUAGCUACAAUAUGCUUUAUCUUGUGCAUGCAUAUUUAUGCUGGAACGAGGGGUUUGAUGAGGAUUUGAACUCUUUCUGCAACCUUGAUUGUUUAUUUGCCACUGUAAGUUUCCAUGAACCUCUACUCAU